GUGAUAAUGAUGGCUAUAAAUAAUGAAAAUAUCGCUAGGUGAUACCCGUAUUCACAUACAUUAAAGUUAUAUUACUGAAUCUAUACAUACAUUUGCUUAAAAUUUCAUCGGCAGUAAACACUGUUUAUACAAAUAUUGACCGUAGAACCUGAGUUGUCUAGAGAUUCUUCCAACAAUGGACGUUAAAACUGCUCCCACCGAAGAAGAACUUAAUAAGUUGUUGAAAAAAACAUUUACAAGUAAUCUCAGACCGAACUAUAUAACGGUACAGGGUUUCGUGUUACCAGAACGAUACCGCGAAUUUGAAAAAAUCCUCAAAGAGUAUGAAGUUUUUGAUACAGAUGUGUGGAUUUGUGGGUUUCCUAAAACUGGAACAACCUGGAUCUCUGAAAUUGCUUGGUUGAUUGCAAACGAUUUGGAUUAUGAAGGAGCCAAAGCGGAUGAUUACAGGAGAACUAGGAUGCUAGAAUUUAGCAUGUUGUUUUCUGAGACAUUUCUUGGGGGUGAACCCUACGAGCUCGAUUCUGUAGGUUUCAGUAAAGAUCAAAAACACCCAAGAUCUAUUAAAUCGCAUUUACCGUUUCCCCUUUUGCCAGAACAGAUUUUGAACGGAACAAAGAAACCAAGAAUUAUUUGUACUGCCAGAAACCCAAUGGACACGUGUGUGUCUUAUUACCACCAAUGUGCCAAUUAUGAAGGCUUCACUGGCACAUUUGAAGAGUUUUGUAAACUAUUUCUCUUUGAUAAAAUUAAUUAUGGUCCUUACUGGAAACAUGUUUUGUCAUUCUGGGAGCACAGAAGCAAAUCAAACAUUUUAUUCCUAACAUACGAAGAAAUGAAGAAAGACUUGCCUGGAGUUUUGCAAAAAGUGGCCAAACUGCUUGGCAAAACCUUGUCAAAGGAAGAUAGCGUUCGUUUACAACAGCAUGUAUCAUUUGACUCCAUGAAAAAAAACCCAGCUGUGAACAAGGAAAGUAUAAAUAAUUUCCUUGUAUCCUCUGGAACCGAAGUGAAAGCACCAUUUAUUAGAGCUGGGAAAGUCGGGGGUUACAAAAACUCAAUGUCACCAGAGCUUAUUGCACAAUUUCGCUAUUGGAUGCAAAAAAGGUUCGAAGGCACUGGGCUUAAUCUCUUGGAAGAAUAACAUAAAAACCAAAAAUUUUGUUUUUGUAUUUGUAGAUACAAGUAGGGGUAAACUGGGGAAUCGUUUUAUUUUAAUUGUUGCAUGAUUUAAUAAAAUAUUUUGGGUAUA